GGGGCGCAUGCGCACAGCGGAGCUCCAUCUUUCCAUCCCGAGCGCAGAAGAGCAGCGGAUGUGUUGAUGCUUUUGGACGUUUUGUUUUUAUUUUUAAACCCCCAGAGUCGAUGUGAAACGAACGCGAGCGGAUUCCUGCUCCGUUAUUGUGCUCCAGGGACCCUGCAGCGAACGCGAUGCGGCGCGAGGCGGGUGUUAUGAGGUAGAUCGAGCCGCUGCUGCUGCGCUUCGGCCGCGGAGACACAUCUGAGUGUAAAUCCGCCGCAGGAGCGUUUCCGGCCCGCUCGCGAGCAGGAACCAUGAGUUUGCGAGAGCUGUAUCUGAACGGGCCGCGAUGAGCAGUGCGUAUGAAGCCUGAGCACUGUGGAGACGCCUGCUGACCCUCGGCCUGCUGGGAGCUGCCACUCUUUCCAUGCGUUUGCUCAUUUGAGGUGCUUUUAUGUCCAGAUUGGAAGAGCUUUCGGACUUCUUUCUCAUGGCUUUGAUUGGUCAGACACUAGCGGUGGAGAUCCUGUCUGCAUCGAGUGGUAAAGUAAUGCGGCUCUUCCUCGUGGCUGCUCUCUGAGCGUCUCGUUGCGGUCCUGUUGCGCUCCGUCUUCCCUCUUCUGAGCGUCAGAAUGAGACAUUGUGUCGGGACAGAGAAGAGCGUGUGAUCUCUCACCAGGAGUUUUGCACCGGUCCAUAAAAAUGAAUGGAGGAAAAGAGAGGGAGGGUGUUGAGGGCAGAGGUCAGCUGGCUCAGGUGCCCAUCGGCUGGCAGCGCAAGGUGGACGUCUCGGGGGUCCUGUAUGUCAGUCCGAGUGGAUCAGUGCUGUCCGGCCUCGAGCAGGUGAAGUCGUACCUGCUGACCGACGGAACCUGUAAAUGUGGUCUGGAGUGUCCUCUCGUCCUCCCCAAGGUUUUCAAUUUUGAUCCUGGUGCGGUGGUGAAGCAGAGGACAGCGGAGGAUGUGAAGGCCGAUGAGGAUGUGACCAAGCUCUGCAUCCACAAGAGAAAGCUGAUCGCAGUAGCUACGCUUCACAAGAGCAUGGAGCUGCCACCUCCGUCCCUAACGCUCACCAGCCCCGGUGGAGGAACAAGUGUGACCUCCAUGGCCUCUACCGCACAGCCUCGAGCAAUAAGGAGUAAAACCCACGAGGGCCAGCCAGAAUGUAAGAACCCGUUCAAGGCUAUGAUGGCUGCGGGGCAGCGGCACUUCUCUCCAGAUGCGUGCGGCCCGCAGCAAGAGGUUUUCCCUGCGUUCUCGCGGCAGAGGCAUGGAGGCAUGCUGAGCCCUCCCUCGCAAGCCUUCGGUGACGGCUCUCUGUCCCCACGAACGGACGCUCUCGGGAGCCCCGACGGCUUUGUGCGCAACACCCCCUGCAGCUUCCAGGGGACCGGCAGCCCUGGGUCCAUGCACAGCAGCGGUCGCAUCCCUCUGUCUUCUCCCGGAGUCAUGAUGCACGGCUCACCCGCUGCCCAGUCGUCUUGCAUCAUGGCCGGAAGGACUAACAUGCCUCUGUCUCCCCCGGUCCCCAAUAAGAGCCCCAUCAUGAAGAAGCCCCUGUGCAGCUACCAGCCGGGCAUGGACUCCAGCAGGGCUGUGUUCCCUCACAAGACUCCGUCUGCUCCCGCCUGUGCCCUGCAGAGCAAGCAGCUGAGCUCCGAGAAGGACCCUCUCGGGAUCCUGGAUCCCAUCCCCAGUAAACCCAACCCCUCCGCUUUCCAGCCCAGCGCCCACUCUCAGGUACCAAUGAUGAAUGUAAACAUCCCCCCUGCCAUUGUUCCGCUGCCGAGUAACCUUCCUCUGCCCUCUGUAAAACCCGGACCGGUGGGUCACAUGCAGAGGACGCAGCACACCGCCUCAGUCUCGCCAUCGCCCGUCACCUCACCCGUUCACAUGUCCGGCCCGGCCCUGGGCCGCAUGGAGGCGUCUCCGCAGCGCUCCCGCUCCUCCUCCACCUCCUCAGAGCAGGGUGGCUUUGCUGUUCCACCCUGUGGCACCAUGAAGGUGCCGCCACGCUCUCCCAGGUCCUCCAUGAGCUCGCCCCGGCCCGCUCUGCCCUCCAGCCCGUCUGGAAAACCGGACGCUCUCCACCAAUACAAGGAUGUGCCCAGCCAGCUGCUGGCCGGGAUGAGCGCUCAGCACAACCCCAUGUAUCCGCCGGCCCCGGGCCCUGCCCUGCAGAAGGAGCAUCCAGGCCUCUUGGGAAUGCCACUGAACCAGAUCCUUAACCAACACAAUGCUGCCUCUUUCCCCGCCAGCAGCCUCCUCUCAGCGGCCGCCAAAGCACAGCUAGCAAAUCAAAACAAGCUGGGGAGUGGCGGGGCGAGCGCGGGUCCGUCUGAUGCUGGCAGGGCCGUCGAGGGCCACAAUGCUCUAAAUACCAUGCUGCCACCCAACCCUGGCAUGAUCGGGGCUAGCAGUGAGGGCCAGAGUGGACGUGCAGCGCUUCGGGACAAGCUAAUGGCGCAACAGCGCGACCCUCUGCGCAAGCGCAAGCUUCCUCCCAGCGCUAAUCACGACGCCUCUUUCUUCAUGAGAUCGCCCUGCCCCUCGGCUGAGCAGAUGAGGAAGACUGCCCGGAUGCCCUCCAACACCUCGAUGGCUCAGCUGCUGCAGUCUCUGAGCAACCACAGCUCGCAUGGUCCCCGGGGCCGAAGUUUGUGCGAGGCUCCGAGCGUGCAGGUCCAGCAGCGGCUCCACGGCCCUGGAGUGGAGUCUACGGUGCAGUAUCCUGCCGGGAUCAACCAGAUGCAGGCCACGGCCAUGGGAAACUGCAGGCCUGUGAACCAAAGCGGACAAGUUCCUCACGGAAACCACGUGUUGAGUCACGCAAACGUUCACUUCCAGCCACGCACCCCGCAGAACACCACCUGCAUGCUUCCCAGCGGUGCUGAGGGUGCGCCCGACACAGGUGAUGCAGCGGCUCUGAGCUGUAGCAUGGCUAACGCUCCUCAGAUGAUGGCAUCAGCUGGGCACCUGUACCAUCAGCAUCAUCAGCAGCAGCAGCAUCCGGUGCUGCACGUCUCUGCUUAUCCCGGUCAGGGCCAUUCCUUCACUACAGCUCCUUUCACAGACAGUAACGUUCCCAACUCCAACAGUCUGCCUUGCCUGUACCAGGAUUACCAGGGCUGCAUGUCUGAAGGCGGUCCGCCGGCUAUGAACUCUCUCUCUGGAGACGCAGGCCUGUACCGUGACGCUCCGCAGAAGCUGCCAGCCGAGGUGUCCGUGCCAGGAGGCUCUGGAGGUCAGAGUUCAGUGGACGCGAUCUAUAGAGCGGUGGUGGAUGCCGCAGGGAAAGGCGUGCAGGUGACCAUCACGGCGGGUGCGAGCGGAAGCACACAGGCCAGCCCUGUCCCAGCGCUCAGUGCCAUGAGUACCUUCACCGCCUCUAUCGGUCCUCCGCUUGGCCUGCCUCACGCCGUCAGCGCUGUUAUUCAUGCCCCGCGGGGAUCAGAGGGCACAAGCCGGCCGCCGGUCAACCGCAGAAGCUCUGAGCAGAACACCCCCGACUCCGCUGACGCCCACGAGUUCUUCCGCUCGCCACGGCCGCAUUGGGACGAGCCCAGCCACGUGACCUGGAGAGAAGAGAUCCUGGAGUGCUCCACGCAGAUGCGCAGCAGCAAGCCUGAGAGGAAGGCUCUAAUGGAGUGUCCGGCGGAGACGGCCUCGGACGCUCAAAUGGACGACAGCGUGACUCUGCGGUUCAGUCACCGAGCCAGAGAGCGUCUGGACCUCAACGGAGCGCUGCCUCGCGCCGGAUACGGGGAGCCGCUCACUGGAGACGACCAGUCGCCCGGCUCCUCCACCAGCUUAGAAGGGCCGCUGCUCAAAGACUACACUCACUUCAAUGGGCACUUUAACGGACACUGUGCGCCCAGCCCCUCAGACACCAAGAGCCUCAGCAGCGAGGAGGAGCUGCGGCACCCUGACUCUCCGUCAGCAGAGCUGCUGCACUACAGGCCCCGGGCCUUCAACAUGGGCGAGCUGGUCUGGCCAAUCAAAGGCUUCCCGCCCUGGCCAAACAAACUAAUGGGAGAAGAGCAUGGGCGCAAUCCCAGCAUGCAACUGUCAGAACAGGCCAAGGUGGAACCAGAGCAGCUGAAAACACUAACACAAGAUCUUCAGAUGCUGGACAGAGCCAGCAAAAAAAACAGGAAGGCGGGAAAGCUGAAUCAUCAUUUAGAAGCUGCGAUUCAUGAGGCCAUGAGUGAGUUGGACAAGAUGUCUGGAACUGUUCACCAAGAUCGUCAGGUCAAACUGCCCAAACCCAAAAGGAGGAAGAUCUCCAGAUAACAGCAGCGUCAGUGUGUGUCUUUCUCUCUCUUUGAUCGUGGUGCUACACUCUAGCAGACGGCUCUUCAUGGCCCCGCCCUCAUCCAGUGACUGACAGGUGCUGGAUCAGCCAAUUAGAAAAGGCAGCAAAAACAACUUGCUGAAGAACUAUUUUUUUCUAGUGUACAAGGAAAAAUAUCAAAAAUGCAAAAAAAAGAAAGAAAAAAAAAGAAAGAAAAUUACUGCAUUUAAGAACACAGACAGUCCAAAUAUUUCUGAUAUGUUUUUGAUGUGUACAUAGACAAUACAGAAAUUUCAUGGUAAAAACAUGGGAAGAAGUGUAAAUACUGUAGGAUAAUGACAUGUACAAGCCAACUCAAUGCACACUUUAUCUUCAGCUGUACAAAACACAAAGCAGAAAUGUCUCAUUGGCCCAUAAGGCCCUGCGACAUUACAAUGAAUAAGAGUCAAUCUGAGACUUUUCUAAGCUUCAGUUUGAGUUGUAUUUUGUGUGUGUGUGUGUGUGUGUGUGUGUGUGUGUGUGUGUGUGUGUGUGUGUGUGUGUCAGGGUGGACUUCACCAGCUCAAUGCGUUAGAUGCGGGUUGGAAUCGAGCUUGUGGGCUUCUAUAUAUAUAUAUAUAUAUAUAUAUAUAUAGUUCAGGUCUUCCAGCACUAAACACUAAUGCAUGAAUGUUUAUCAUUGUCCCGUGUCAUUCUGCUUUACAGUCUUUAUACGGUUAAGUUGGCCUCUACUUCGUGGUAUUUGUUUGAGUUAGACAGCAGUAGUUCGUUAGGUUUCAUUGGAGUCAUUCAUACCGUAAUGGCCAACAAAGAGGAAAACUAGGGGCCUUAUAAUGGGUGUUAUAAAUGAUGCAUAGACUCCCUGUUUAUUUCACAUGUUCAGUUAAACUUGGCAAUAAUACGGCCCUGCGCACAAAGCCUUAUACUUGUGCACACACUUCAGUAUUAUUCCGUUAUCACAGUGUUUCUUUGCCAUUCAGCUUGCACUCAGUAUUUUCUCUUUUAAAGUUCAAGAAAUGAUCAGUACUUGUGGAAGAUCUUCAUUUUGCUGUCCACCUAAUGAUAGAAGCCCCCAGUCAUAUCAGUAAUGAAAUAAAACUUGAUUUACUCUACAUAAAGAGGCUCAGGAGCCUCAGCCGAACAGCAAUCACUUUAUCUCCGUAAUGUGGAAAAAGGAAAACGUUCUCAGUAGCUGCAGACUUUGGCUUUUGGCACUGCAUCCACAUGUCAGGUGUCCGAAUCAGUCACAAACAGGAACAUAUCAGCCAGACGACGUCAGAAACCACAGAGCAGUGUUUUCUUUGAGUGCUGUAUCAUGAAAGGACACAGAUGAGCAAAUCUCAUACAGACUCAGGAAAAUCCUGCUAUCGUUCAGAUUCGGGUUCAUGGGGUUCAUGAGAGACGUUACUUCUGAGUGACAAACCGAUAGGUGUUUGUUGUUGUCUUUGUGUCUGUUAUACUUUCAUGAAUGGAACAGAAAGGUUAGAGAAGUGACUGUAGGGAUCAUAGGCCAGGGGUCAGAGGUCAGUGCCGGUUGUACAGAAUCAUUGGACAACAUGAUGUGACAUGGACAUCUGCCAGUAACACUAAGUCAAUAUGAAGAGCUGAUUAAAUGAUUAAACUCUAUAGAUAUGUGUGGGAUUUGCAGCACAUUGCUGUGUAAAACACUCAUCAGUUUGAAACUCUAAAGCAGGGCAGGUUAAAUAGCUCUUGGCCAUUUUCUCUCCUUGUCAUCAAUCUUUACAGAAAUCUCACUACAAAAUUAAGUGCAAUAUUUCCUUUCCGUUGAACUGGGAACUAUAUCGGCACAGAUAUCGUUGAUGGCGUCUCUGAGGUGAAACCUGCUCAUGACUCGAUCGACUCGUGUGUUUCUGCUGGUGAAGUCGACUCUGUUGUCAGUGCAAUGCUGCGGCUCUGUGUCUAAAGUCUUACUGUUCAAGGUCAAAAACAUUUUGUGUUCAUGUGGUCAGUGUUGCCCAAAACAUUUUCCAUUUCAAUUCUUGAGUCCUUUUCUUUCAUUUCCUGUGUGUGUGUGUGUGUGUGUGUGUGUGUGUGUGUGUGUGUGUGUACACAUUUUUAUUUUAUUCUCUUUGCUUGCUAUUUUAUGAUUGGUAUCUGACUGGUAUUACAAACCUCUCUGAUGUCAAUAUUUUGUUUUCGAUACGUAUCUGAGUAUAUAUUUUCUCACCAGUAUGUACUUUACAGCAGUCGACUUUGUAAAGUAUGUUGUGCACUUGAUUAUGUUUGUUUCUGAUAGCUUUGAUGUGGCUGUUAGGCUUAGUUUGUUAAAGUCCAUAAUUUCUUAUUGUUUCAUUUGAUUUUUUUAAGAUGUCCUAAACAGCAGUUUUGUAAAUAUUGUGAACAUUACAGGUCAUGCUGUGAUGUGACAUUGAAAUGAUAUUGCACCAAUGUUUCAAUUAAAACCUGGUCACUAAAA